AUGUCGGCGCCAGGCAUCGGUAACCUGAGCACUCUCAUCAAGAGACUCGAGGCAGCUACUUCACGCCUGGAAGACAUUGCUCUUCAUCAGUCAUCUGGUCCCUCCUCGUCUCAAAGGGAGCUCCCAUCUGCAGCGCCUGCUGUCGCCGCCAGCUCCGCUCCUCCCCCUCCCCCACCUCCACCUGCUGCGGUCGAAGCACCGAAAGAGGAUCCUCCGGCAGUCAAAGCGUACGAUGAGGCGCUGCAAGAGGCGCUCGACGAGUUCAAGCAGCUCAGCGCCAAGAUCGGCGGUGUAGUGCAGGAACAAGCUACGAGCGUAUUGAAGACCUUCCAGGCACAGCGCGAUCUGAUCCUGCUCGCUGCGUCCAGUCAAAAGCCAGCGGGAGGUGUCAGUUCUCCUGCAUUCGCCGAGCUGCUCAAGCCGCUCCAGACGGCCCUCACCCAGGUCAUCGAGACACGCGACAAGAACCGUGCCGACAAGCAGCACUUCAACCAUCUCAGCACCGUCAGCGAAGGGAUCCCCGCCGUAGGAUGGGUUGCGGUCGAACCCAAGCCUGGUCCCUAUGUCGGCGAGAUGAAGGACAGUGCUCAGUUCUAUGCCAAUCGUGUGAUCAAGGAUUUCAAGGACACCGACAAGACACACGUCGAAUGGACGCGCUCGUUCACCAAGCUGCUGGAGACUCUCAAGACGUACGUGCUCAAGACGCACACCACUGGGCUUGUUUGGAAUCCCAAGGGUGGCGAUGCUGCAUCCUUCACGGCGUCUUCUAGUGCGGCUCCUUCCGGAGGUGCACCUCCACCGCCUCCUCCGCCGCCUCCUGCUGGAGACGUGUCCGCCGGCGCUGCUGCUGGUGGCGCAGCCGCAGGUGGUAUGGGGGCCGUCUUCGGCCAGCUCAAUCAGGGCGAAGGUGUCACCAAGGGUCUCAAAAAGGUGGAUGCUAGCCAGAUGACACACAAGAACCCCGAACUGCGAGGGACCAGCGCGAUCCCUCCCACCAAGGCUGCACCCCCCAAGUUGGCUGCCAAGCCGACGCAGCUCAAGGCGAAGAAGCCGCCCAAGAUGCAGUUGGACGGCAACAAGUGGACGAUUGAAUUCCAGGAGGACAACCGCUCGAUUGUCGUGGAUCAGACCGAGCUCAACCAGACGGUCAACAUUUUCAACUGCAAGAACAGCAUCAUCCAGAUCAAGGGCAAGAUCAAUGCAGUGCAGAUGACCAACUGCACCAAGACGUCGAUCCUCGUCGACACGCUCGUCUCUUCGUUGGAGGUGACGGGCUCGCCAUCGUUCGCAGUGCAAAUCACGGGACGUGCGCCCACCAUCCUGCUGGAUUCGUGUGACAGUGGUCAGAUCUACCUCUCGGAGAAGUCGUUGGAUUCCGAGAUCAUCGCGGCCAAGUGCAGCGCCAUCAACGUCAGCCUGCCGGUGGCAGGUGGCGAGGAGGGCGAGUUUGAGGAGUUCGCCUUGCCAGAACAGCUCAAACACACGGUGGACAGCCUCAGUCAGAAGGGCAAGAGUCGCAUCAAGACCGAGGUUGUUGCUCACACCGGUUGA